AUCUUUCCGGCACCCAACUUUUGCUUCUUUGGCAGGAGAGUAGCAAACUAGGAGAGGCUUCUCGCUGCAAUCACUUCCUUACAUCUGAGCGGCAAUUGUGAAGAAAGAUUCGGUAAGGAACGCAGAGGAAGCAAUGCCAUUGAAAAAUUAAGAGUGAGAUUGAGAAAGAGAGAAGGAGACGCAGAGGAGAGAGGAAGCAAGAGAGGGAUUGAUACACAGAGAGAGAGAGAGCAAAAACCAGGGGGAAAAUAUCUUGCUAUGGGUUAUUGGAUUGGGUUUUGCCAGAGUUAGAUAUUGAUUCUACUCCAUGUCUUAAUCGUCACGCCCUGCGCUAUACAUGUUUGUUGAAUUGUCUCAAUGGCUUUGUCUUCGUUGCCCUGUCAUCCUUUGUCUCUCCCUGUUACCAAUUACCGCUCAAAACCUACCCUUUUCUCUUUCAAACGACUAACCUUCGAUUUCUUCGUGCCUUUUUGUUCCACUUCUAGCUCGUCAGCUACACUCACUUCCUCCCCAGUACAACAGCUCCCUUCUGAUUUUUCACCCUCACAACUCUUGGAUCUCCUUCGUCGCCAAAAAGAUGAAUCCUCAGCGCUUCGCAUAUUCGAAUGGGCCUCAAAACAACCCAAUUUCGUACCCGUUUCAUCCAUAUACGAGGAAAUCCUUCAAAAGCUUGGGAAAGUGGGGUCUUUUGAUUCCAUGAUGCUAGUGUUAAAAGAAAUGAAGUCUGCAGGUUGCGUUGUUGAUACUGGUAUUUUCCUUAUUUUCAUUGAGAGCUACGCGAAUUUUCAGUUAUAUGAAGAAAUUGACGCUAUCCUCCGAGUAAUGGAAGAUGAAUUUGGACUGAAACCUGACACACAUUUCUAUAAUUUCUUGCUGAAUGUCCUUGUCGAUGGCAACAAGCUUAAACUUGUUGAAACAAUUCAUUCAAAGAUGGUUAAUAGUGGAAUUCAGCCGGAUGUUUCAACCUUCAAUAUCUUGAUAAAAGCUCUCUGUAAAGCCCAUCAGUUAAGACCUGCCAAUUUGAUGUUGGAAGAGAUGCCAAGUUAUGGGUUGUCACCGGAUGAGAAAACAUUCACAACAUUAAUGCAAGGUUUUAUUGAGGAAGGUGACAUGAAGGGCGCGUUAAGGAUAAAAGAGCGGAUGGUAGAAUGUGGGUGUCUGCUGACCAACGUGUCUGUUAACGUUUUGGUGAGUGGGUUUUGCAAAGAAGGUCAAGUUGAGGAAGCCCUGAGUUUCAUUCAAGACGUAUCGGAUGAGGGAUUUUACCCUGAUCAAGUUACUUUUAAUGCUUUGAUGAAUGGGUUGUGUAGAAGAGGGCAUGUCAAUCAUGCUCUCGAAAUCAUGGAUGUUAUGCUUGAAAAGGGAUUUGAUCCGGACGUCUAUAGCUACAACUCCUUGAUCUCUGGAUUAUGUAAAUUAGGAGAAAUUGAUGAGGCAGUUGAAAUUCUGCAUCAGAUGAUUUCGAGGGAUUGUUCCCCAAACACUGUUACUUAUAACACGCUAAUUAACACCUUGUGUAAGGAGAACCAUGUUGAGGCAGCAGCUGAACUUGCUCAUGUUCUUACCAGUAAGGGUAUAUUACCUGAUGUUUGUACAUUUAAUUCUUUAAUACAAGGUCUCUGCUUGACUGGUAACCGUGAAAUUGCAAUGGAACUAUUUGAGGAAAUGAAGAAGAAAGGAUGUCGACCUGAUGAGUUUACAUACAGCAUACUGAUUGAUAGCCUCUGUACGAGAAGGAAACUUGAAGAAGCUUUAAACCUGCUGAAGGAAAUGGAGUCAAGUGGCUGUGCCCGUAACGUUGUGGUAUACAAUACUUUGAUAGAUGGUUUGUGCAAAAAUAAAAGAAUUGAAGAAGCAGAGGAAAUCUUUGAUCAGAUGGAACUCCAAGGGGUGUCAAGAAAUUCAGUAACCUAUAACACCCUCAUAGAUGGUCUCUGUAAAAGCAGAAGAGUGGAGGAAGCUGCUCAGCUUAUGGAUCAAAUGAUCAUGGAAGGAUUAAAGCCUGAUAAGUUUACCUAUAAUUCAUUGCUUACAUACUUCUGCCGGGGUGGAGAUAUAAAGAAGGCAGCUGAUAUAGUGCAAGCUAUGACUUCAAAUGGCUGUGAACCAGACAUUGUUACCUAUGGGACCCUUAUUGGGGGACUAUGUAAGGCUGGCAGAACAGAGGUUGCAAGUAAGCUCCUCAGAUCUAUCCAGAUGAAAGGCAUGGUCUUGACUCCACAUGCUUAUAACCCUGUAAUCCAAGCUCUCUUUAAAAGAAAAAGAACAAAAGAGGCCAUGAGGCUUUUCAGAGAAAUGAUAGAGAAGGCUCAUCCACCAGAUGCUGUAACAUAUAAGAUUGUUUUCCGUGGCCUCUGUAAUGGUGGAGGGCCAAUUCAAGAAGCUGUUGAUUUUACAGUUGAGAUGUUGGAGGAGGGACUCCUGCCAGAGUUCUCAUCGUUUGUCUUCUUAGCAGAAGGGCUUUGUUCUUUAUCCAUGGAAGACACUCUUACUAAACUCAUUAAUAUGGUCAUGGAGAAAGCAAAAUUCUCAGCAAAUGAAAUAUCUAUGAUCAGAGGCUUCCUCAAGAUCCAGAAAUUUAGAGAUGCAUUGGCCACUUUGGGCGGUAUCUUGGAUACACGAACGGCCAGGAGAUUUUAGUGGUGAAAAGUUUGGGUGUAAAUUAUAUGUGCGAUGAUGUUCUGAAGCGUAUGCUGAGAAAGCCCCUCGUUGCAUUUCACAAGGAUGCUGAAGGCAAAGUUCGAGACCGAGAAAAGUUUGUUUGCCCGGGAAUCAACACAUUACAGAACCCUUGGC